GCCCGACACUGCGCGCCACGGAUACACGCUCAGCUGCUGAACGCUACAGAGACUCUUCGGCCGUCUAACUGACUGAGUGACACGUGUGUCCAACAGGUGGCGGUAGUGUGUAACAUUUGUGUCACACACACACGUGUGCUAUGUGUGUACGUGCGCGAGCGUGCGUGUGCGCGUGCGCGCUGCUGCUCGCCCUCGUGCUCGCCGAGCACGACAAGCGCGCAGAGAUGUCUCCGAUGCCGUUCCUGAUGGCGACGCGCUACGGACGCAGCUCGCCCCCCGCCCGCCACCUCGCGCCGCGCAACGACAGGUUCUUCAUGAGCACGCGCUACGGCAAGCGCUCAGAUAGUAGCGGGGGCGCGGGCGGGGGCGCACUGGGCGGGGGCGCGCUGGACGGGGGCGCGGCGCAGGCGCUCGUGUGCGAGUACACGGGCGUGUGGUCGCUGUACCGCUGCCGACACAAGCCGCCGCUCUACCACAAGAGGAGUGCGGAGGAGACGAUGGAGCGCUACGAUGAGUAACCGUCUGCUGACCACGACCAGGGACCGCGCCGGCCGCCGCAUACACACGCACCCACACAAACACACACAAGGAACAGCUGUUGUUUCAUGUCACCGCACUUGUACUACAAACACAUACAACCACACACACACAUGUACGGACAGCACACACGCGCGCGGCCGCCGCUCUGUACACAUAUGUAUACAUACUUAAUUACUUUAACUUAGUAUUAAUAAACACUAGACAGGUCGCUUCUAUGUAAGUAUUGGGACACACGUGACACAGGGACAGACGUGACAGUGGGACACGCUAGGCAGAGGGACAGACGUGGCGACGCGGCGCGGUGGACACGUCUCGCGGCGCGUGUGGCUGGGCGCGCGCCGCGAGACUCUACGCUGACGAUCUCAGGAGUAACAUACUGAAACAUAUAUUGCUACUGAAUAUUUAUUUGCAUGAAACUUCCUGUAAAUGUACCCUAACAAGAUGUAAUUGUGUGUCAACUAUUGUCACGGGACCUCCAUGUUGUUGAGUGAAACACGUGUUGAGACACAUUAUCAUAAUGUACAGUCUCAAACUACGAGAGUGGUCCAUUAUACAUUUUAUUAUAUUUGUGAACUAUCUCUGUGUGUUUUACUUCUAAAUUGUUUGUUGUUUGCGUACACACCGGAUGUUCAAUGUUUGUGCCAAAAUAAAUAUAAAAAUAUUAUGUAAUUCUAAGAAUAAAUUAUAUGAAACUGUAAAACACAUUCAUACUGACAAACAUACAUUUUUUAUAUAUAGGUCGUUAAAUUCAAUAUGUUAACGAGUGACUUUAUACAACCGUUGUUAUAGUCCAAUAUAAAAGUGUAAACGUCCACCAUACGACAUCAUUGUACAGUACAGUUUCAUAUUGUAAUGUCGUCAGUAUGUGUGUGUCGCCUCGUGUCGUCACUCGGAGUGACAGUGAUGGCUAGUCAGUAAUUGUAGUGACUAGUGUAGUGACUGUAGUGUAAUGUAAGGUAUACGUAUGUACGAGCACUAUCAGUCAAUAUAAACGGACGCU